GGUGCUUCCGAGUGAGGCGCCAGAAAACCUCGGGGUAGGUAUAAAACUAUCCUCCAUCUGCUCCGAAUUCCGUCGGACUUUCUCAUCACACACACCGACAAACGCCAUCACCACGAGCUAGCUACCUACAGAUAAGGUACCUAGCUUCACACUCUCAGAACAAAGCCAGGCAACCUACUUACCAAUCAUCUUUUUUCUCUCCUCCCAACUGCAAACGAGCAAUCACAACCCAACCAACCAACCAUUUAACCAAAAAAAAAAGAAAGACCAAAAAGAAAACCCAAAAUGAAACUCACCACCAUUCUCCUCACCCUCGGCAUCACCGCCGCCGCCCCAUCCACCGUCCUCGCCGCCCCCGCCCCGGAGUACAACUACUACCAACAAGCCAACACCCCGGACAUCGUCGAUAUGUUCGUCAACGCCAACUACUACGGAAACAAGUACACGGGCUCCGCGUACGAAGGGCAAUGCGUCAACCUGCCGCCCAACUUCAACGACAACCUCAGCAGCGGCCGCGCCCGGCCCGGGUACCAUUGCACGGUGUGGCCUGAUGCCAAUUGCCGGACCAACAAGUGGAACUUUACCUUUGAUGAUCGGGGGUCCGGCGCGAGGUUCCCGGAUUGGAUCAAUGAUCGGGCUAGUAGUUGGCGGUGUGUUAGGUAUUAGGUGCCAACUACCUAAGAAUGGGGAGGGGG